CUCGCGUUAUGGUAUGAUGUCUAUCACAGGCAAUAGAGUUGUUUUUCUAGGGGCUCACAAAAACCCCAGUUUUCUAGUGGAAUCGUUCCAAGUUCCUAAAGAAGAAGACCUGCGAGAGGGAGAAAUCCUGUUGAAGGUUCGACUAGCCACAGUUUGUGGUUCGGACCUAACGACGUUAGAGGGACGCAGGACAACACCAGUACCAAGUAUUUUAGGCCAUGAAGCAGUUGGGGAAGUCGUUUGCAGCCGGCGGACAACAGAUAAUUUUUCAGCAGGAGAUCGCGUGUCAUUCACAAUAUACGAUUUCUGCGGCAGAUGUCACAGUUGUCGCGACGGUCUUCCGCAAAAGUGUGAACAUUUAAUGAAGGGUGCAGGUCUUUUGGGUCUUUACGGAUGUGCAUUACUUCAUGAAACUGGUUACUCUCGCGUCUACUGCCAGGAUGUUAAUACAGAAAGAUUGAGGUUCGUACCAAAGUUCAACGGUAUUCCUUCAGAUAUCUACAGUACAUUCUCUGAAUCGCCAACAGGCAACCAUCCAAAGGCAGGUACGGCCGAUGUAGUUGUAGAAGUAUGUGGCGAUUCUGGAUCGUUCACUAAAGGCUUGAGCCUCCUCCGGCCAGGUGGAGCCUAUAUCCUCGUUGGCAUGGUCCAUCCAGACACCCCUCUGAACGUCACCGGAGAGAAAAUAAUACGCGGAUGUUUCACUAUUAAAGGAGUGCACAACUAUAGCCCUAAUCAUCUUGAAGAUGCCAUUGACUUCUUGGCAAGGACAGUUGAUAAGUUUCCUUAUCAUCAGUUGGUUGGUCCUCAGUUCUCACUGCACAGUUUUCACCAGGCCAUUGCCCUGGCCAGAACACGGAGGUUUUAUCGAAUUGCUAUUAACCCAACCCUUGAUGUAGCUGACCAUUAAACAUCACC